AUGGUUAGGAGUGGUGUUGACCAAGAUAAGGAAAAUCCAGAAAACUCAAGCGUUCUCAACCUCUCCACCACGCUCGAAGAUCUCCACCAGAUCUGCGAAGAGCUCGGCCGGGGACGAUUCGGCUUCGUUUUUCGGUGCCUCUCGCUCGAAGACUGCGACACCUACGCCGUAAAGUCCGUCGACAAGAAAUUCACCCUGGGCGACUCGGCGGAGAUUUUCAAGGACGGCGAGCAGAUGAGCGGCAUCGUCGUUACGCCCUACUACGUGGCGCCGGAGAUCCUCGCCGGGAGGGACUACUGGGAGAAGAUCGACGUGUGGGGCGCCGGCGUCAUUCUGUACAUUAUGCUCGCCGGGUUCCCGCUGUUAUACGGCGAAUCGGCGGUGGAGAUCUUCGAGGCCGUGCUCAGGGCCAAUCUUCGGGACAUCUAUACCUGA